GGUUAAAGGAGUUAAUUCAUUAUUACUUUAUGUAAAUCAUUUACUUAGCGACACUGUCAUUCAAAUGCAGGUUAAAAGCAUUGUUUUGCUUUAUGGCAAGCAUUACAUUGAACUGACAAAGAUGUUAUAUUCCCCACAGAUUAUCCGCCGAGGAAAAUGCCGACAAUGCUACGUGCAGAGUGCAGCCGAUCUACAACGUCCUUCCGAAGGAUUACGACAAAUACAUGCCUCCGUUCACCAAAGGUCAGCCAGUCAAGCUCAAGGUCACCUUCUGGAUUCUUUCCAUCACCGAAAUCAGUGAAAUGAGACAGGAUUUCACAGUCGACUUGUACUUCCGCAUGAUAUGGCACGACUACAGAUUGCUGUUUCCUGUGUGCGAGCAUCGGCCCUUCAUCGUAAUGGAUACUGACCAGUUGGAGGAUAUCUGGCUGCCGGAUCUUUUCUUCAAGCAAGCAAAGAAGUCAUCGAGACACGAUGUUGUCCGUUGGAAUGCAGCUCUCAAAAUCAACAGAGCAGACAAAAGCAUAUUCUACUCGGAACGGUUAGCGAUCACCAACUUUUGUGCUUUCGAUUUUCGAUUUUUCCCCAUGGACCGUCAGCGAUGUUCCCUGCCUGUCGAGUCGUUCAACUUUUACGCCAAGUACAUCAACCUGACGUUCCAACCACCGGGAAUCUACUUCAACAACUUCAAGUUCAAGAUUCCGCAGUACACCCUGAGCAGCGUAGAGCCGCGCGACUGCUCCUAUCACUACCAGUACGAGAACUCAUACCUGAACCACACCUGUGUCGAGGCCAGCUUCAUCUUCGACCGCCAGUUCAGCUACUACUUCGUGCAGAUGUACCUGCCGUCCAUCCUGAUCGUGCUCGUCUCCUUCCUCAGCUUUUGGAUCCCGGUGGAGAACGUCUCCGGCCGCGUGAUGCUGGGGGUGACCUCGCUGCUGACUCUAGCCACACAGUUCACCACCGCCCAGCGCUCCCUGCCACCCGUCUCUUACAUGAAAGCCAUGGACGUCUGGAUGUUCUUCUGCAUCGUCGUCGUGUUCUUUGCCAUGGGGGAGUUCACGCUGGCUUACAGCUUCAAGAACCUGCGGCUGGGCGUCGGCAGCCGGGUGAGGCCGUUGCUAGUCAGACCGAGGAAGGUGGCCACCAUUACAGUGCUCCCCGGGGACGCAGAGGUCACCAAACGGCGCAUCGCCUUCGGUGCGACGGCAGACUCAGAAGAGCAGCUCGAUCAGAAUGAGGGCCUAGUGAACCGCUUUCUUAGCUGGCUCAACAAAGGUAACUCGAGUGUCAUUGAUAACGUGUCAAAGAUUAUUUUCCCUACCACUUUUGGUGUGUUCAAUAUUAUUUAUUGGAUGUACUACACUCGUGCACAAAAAUGA